UUUGGACAAAAAGUUCAAAUCAAUUAAAUAAAAUACAAAUUAAACAUGCUGUUUUAAACAAUUCUAAGCUGAAACUUAAAUUAUUAAACAGCCUGCUAUACAAGGGCUUUAUUCUUUUUGUGGGCUCAUUUAAUCUUCAGUAUGAACAUGCAGGCCAGCUUAAUCAAAUACUGGAAAAAAGAAUAUCUUUGUUAUUCAGGUCCAAUAACUUGAACCCGAAACACCCCCAAGGAACAAUUCUGGUAUCGAUCUUAGAUUCUAGAGGGAAGUAGUAGAAUCCGGAUCCUUUCUCUUUCAUGUAUGAUCACGGCCAAUGCAGGCGACGUGUUUGUGGAAAAUUCCAGCUGAAUCUUUUCCAUUGCAUUCUCAAUUUCAUUUGUCAAAGAAACAUCUAAUGGAAACAACUGCUGCAAUUUGAUCUGUCUACUUGGCAGAAUUUUACGCCUGACAGUGAACUCAGUGAUGGAGUAUUGGAGAGGUGUUCUAAAGGUUCCAGUGGAUUCUAGCAGCAGAAAUUACUGCAGAGUUGCUGUAUCUCUCUGCCUGUCUCCUAAUACUAGAUCACCAAUUGUGCCUUGUGCAAAUGCCAUCUUCUUUUGUGGAGAUAGAGUUGAAGGCACCAACAACCCAGUAAUCGAGAGGCUAUCUGAUCCGCAGAAUAUAGCUCAAGUUUUGGUCUCUAAAUUUGGUGCUUCUGUUAAUGCUUGGGUAAUCGAGGCUUCCAUUUUCAAUGGACCUUUCGCUGUUUAUAGAGACUUUAUUCCAUCUGUGAAUCAGUGGGGGGAACCAAAAUCUUACAUUCCAGAUGAAUUCCCUGCUUCUACCUCAACCCUCUCUCUCUUAUCCAAUUGCCUCAAAGAAGCCAAGAAGGCCAUUUCGACAACAAAGUCCACCGGCCGCAGCUUAGCAUCUUCUUCAUGUUGUGAGCCCAAGACGUACAUUCUUGGGUUUAGUAAAGGCGGCACUGUGCUUAACCAGCUGGUAGCAGAGCUGAGCGUUUCACAAGUGCAAUCAAACACGAAAGAACAGCAGAUGAUCAGAGGAUGUUCUGAUGAAGAUGUUCAAAUUAUCCCACUUAGUAAAGAAAGCCUUUUAAACAGCAUUACAGAGAUACAUUAUGUGGAUGUGGGUUUGAACUCUGCUGGUGCAUAUAUCACUGAUCAUAAUGUGAUUGAGAGCAUCUCCAAACGUGUAAUGCAAGGGGCUCCAGGAAUUCGUUUUAUCCUUCACGGAACGCCUAGGCAAUGGGGAGAUAGCAGGCGCGUUUUGAUACGUAAAGAAAAAGACAAAUUGAUUAAUCUUCUUCAAUCUGAAGCCCGAAAGAGUGGAGGGAAAUUAAAGGUCUGUGAGAAGUUUUAUUUUGCUGACAGAGCUCCCAAUUUGCAGAUGCAUUUUGAAAUCAUUGAAAACAUGGAUGUUAGUUGAGAAUAAUUCUGCACAACUUAGUUGCCACUCUUGACUUGACUGUCGUUGUAAUUAUGACUUAAUGGGGAAGGGUUGUGAAGUCUAGUUCAUUUUAUGCGGUUCUUGAAACUCAAGUGAUUGCAGAAACUACUAAUUUGUUAAUGGUGAAAAUUUUAUCUAGAUUGUAUGCGUAUACACGAAUAACUCAACUAAAUUUAAGAGUCUCGUAAGCGAUACCAAACUCGGCCCGUGAGAACAAUACAUUUGAGUCCAAAUGUACAGCUAGAUCCCAGACCAAGAUAAAUGGGCUUUAGAGGCCUGUCAAGAAUCUCCAUACCAAUUUUCAAUAAGAAUUAUCAACUAUCAACAGGGAAACAUGUAUUGUGAAACGAGUUCUCAUUUAUCAUUUCGUGAGCUUCAGUAGAACAAGGUGUACAAGCUGGGUUCAUACAGAGAGCAAUCUUUUAUUCAAAUAUAGCUAAGAAGGAGGAGGAUGGGAAACAAAAUUCAACAAUUCAAAGCUCUCAAAUCUUUAUUUUUGGGCUCUCACUUUCAUCUUAGUUGAU